CUCGCUAUGGCUUCCAAUCAGACCGCGGUCGCCGUUGGCUUGGAGGAUCUGAAAAAUGAAAACGUAGACUUUACGACUCUCGAGAACGCAUUCGGGCCCGAAUCUCUUGGUAUCAUCGUCGUUAAAGACCUGCCAGAGAAGUUUCAUCAGCUCAGGCGGGAUCUACUGUCAUACUCAUCCGCGCUUGCCAGCCUGCCCCAGGACGAACUGGAAAAACUCGAAAGCCCUGCCGCCAAAUGGCUUGUUGGGUGGUCAUGCGGCAAAGAAACGCUCAAGGACGGUCGCUACGACACGCUUAAAGGCUCCUACUACGUCAACUGCUCGCCAUCCUUUGACGAACAGCAGUCGUCCGUGGCCCAAAAGUACCCAUCGUUUCCAGAAUACACAGCACCAAACGUAUGGCCGUCUACUGAUUUACUGCCGGCAUUCGAAACCACGUUUCGGGAGCUCACCACCCUAAUCAUCGACAUCGCCGCUCUUGUUGCCCGGGCCUGUGAUAAAUAUGCCGAAGUCAACAUCGCCUCAUAUAAGAAAGGAUACCUUGAGCAUGUUGUGAAAACGAGCAUCUCGACCAAAGCGCGAUUGCUGCAUUACUUUCCCAGCUCACAGCCUGAGACGCCAAGUGACGGCACCAAUGAAGACGACUGGUGUGCAACGCAUCUCGAUCACGGCUGCCUCACGGGGCUGACAUCUGCCAUGUUCGUCGAUGAAGCAGCACACGCACCAAAAAUAGGAUCUUCGUUCUCGGCGUUGCCUGAACUCGAGCGAUCGCCAGACCCAAAGGCGGGCUUGUACAUCCACUCCCGCACAGGAGUCGUUACCAAAGUCGCGAUACCACGUGACUGCCUCGGAUUCCAAACUGGAGAAGCGCUGGAGAUCAUUACCCAGGGUAAGUUCAAGGCGGUUCCGCAUUUUGUGAGAGGUGCUGCAAGCGGAGCAGGGGGGAAGGUUGCGCGAAACACAUUGGCAGUGUUUACUCAACCGAACCUAUGGGAGAUGGUCGACGAGAAGAGGGAUUUCGCAGCCUUUGCGAAAGAGAUUGUGGAGAAGAACCAUUAG